AUGGUGAGAGCAGGAGCUACAGGGUGUUAUUUCAUGGUUCUGGUUUUUUGUGUGGACACGCGGACAGAGAGUGCUGCUGCUGCUGCUGCUUCCUGAGAAGCAACAAUUUAUUUUUGGCAUCUGACAUUAGAGCUCACCCUUUGCAAUGGCAGCAGCCCCAUGAAGCCACUGCAGUAGCAGAGUUUGACUGGAUCCUUUUUGUUCGUCUUCUUUACGCGUUGUGAACAGACUUGAGUUUAAUGAUGGAUAACCUUCACAACAGGGACUGACCGGGACUGGACACGCCUGUUGUGAGCCGUAAGCAGUUGUGUUGCCUUGGUGGUGAUUCAGCAUCACUCCAUCAUGACCAAAGAGGAGGAAAUCCCUGACUCCGUGGGAGCCCAGGAUUUCUACGACAAAUAUGAUCCCAAGGAGAUUCUGGGAAGGGGAGUGAGCAGCGUGGUGCGUCGCUGCGUCGACAAGCACACCUCUCAGGAUUAUGCGGUGAAGAUCAUCGACAUCACCCCCUCGGACAAGAUGAGCUCAGAAGAGAUCGAGGAGAUCCGAGAGGCGACGGUGAAGGAGAUUGAUAUCCUCAAGAAAGUCUACGGACAGGACAACAUCAUACAGCUGAAAGACUGCUACGAGUCCAAAGCCUUCUUCUUCCUCGUUUUUGACCUGAUGAGGAGAGGUGAACUGUUUGACUACCUCACAGAGAAGGUCACCCUGAGUGAGAAGGAAACCAGGAAGAUCAUGCGCGCUCUGCUGGAGGUGGUCCACUUCCUCCACUCCCAGAACAUCGUCCACCGGGACCUGAAGCCUGAGAACAUCCUUCUGGAUGAUGAGAUGAACAUCAAACUCACUGACUUUGGCUUCUCUGUGCAAAUCCAGGAGGGAGAGAAGCUCAAAGAGGUGUGUGGGACUCCUGGUUAUCUCGCUCCUGAGAUCAUUGAGUGCUCCAUGGACCCCGGACAUAAAGGAUAUGAUACUGCUGUGGACAUAUGGAGUUCAGGUGUGAUCAUGUACACGCUGCUCGCAGGCUCCCCGCCCUUCUGGCACAGGAAGCAGAUGCUGAUGCUGCGUAUGAUCUUGGCAGGGAAAUAUGACUUCUCAUCUCCAGAGUGGGAGGAUCGCUCAGACACUGUUAAAGAUUUGAUCUCUCGGAUGCUGGUGGUGGACCCGCAGAAGCGUUACACAACUACAGAUGUUCUCAACCAUCCAUUCUUCUCACAGUAUGUGGUGAAUGAAGUACGACAAUUCAGCCCGUACAGACGGUUCAAGGUCAUUUGCAUGACUGUGCUCGCCACAAUGAAAAUCUACUGCAACUACCGCCGAGCCAAGCCUGUUACCAAGGAGGUGAUCAAGAGUGACCCAUAUGCCGUCAAGCCCAUCCGCAAGCUCAUUGAUGCGUGUGCGUUCAAGCUCUACGGCCACUGGGUCAAGAAGGGCCAAACUCAGAACAGAGCAGCACUUUUCGAGAACACUCCCAAAGCCAUCCUGCUGUCGAUAACCGCCGAGGGAGACGACCCAGUCAAACAGAUCUGGUAAUAAACAGUCGUUCCUCAGGGCGGGUCUGUUGGAGCUUAAAGGUAUACUACGCAGGAUUUGUUGGUUGGUGUUUGUAAAUACACAACAUUAGUUAGGCCCUCCUCCCUGGCUCAAUGAGCAAGUGAGAGAGAGAGAGAUAGAGAGAGAGAGAGAGUGGCGCUGGCGAGAACAAAGGCAUGGAUCAGAUAGAUAAAAUUUUAUUUUCUGAUUGAUUCAUGGCCAUUACGUUCUAAAGUACAAGUAAACCCGUACAACCCUGCGGGAAGGUGCGGCAUUGCUGGAUUUUGUGUGAAUGCAGGGCUUCAUCCUGUCCGCUGUGGCCUCUCUG